AUGGCAGUGGAAGAGCCUUGCGAAGUAUGUUUAACGCCAACGGAGCAAAAGUGCUCAGGGUGUCAAACAGUCCAUUACUGUUCGAGGGACCAUCAAAAACAACAUUGGAAGCUACACAAGCUUCAUUGUGUUCCAGCCAAGAUCAAAGAACUUCCAGGCAUAGGGAGAUAUCUUGAGGCAACAAGAAAUAUAAAAGCCGGCGAUGUUAUAAUGAAAGAAGCUCCUCUCAUUACUGGUCCAGCUCAAAUAACGCCACCAGUGUGUCUGGGAUGCUAUGUGUUAUUAGCGGAAGGUAAAACGACGUCUUGUGAUAAAUGCGGCUGGCCGUUUUGUUCUGAAAAAUGUACCCGUAGUUCAGUUCAUGAACCGGAAUGUUUUUAUACCCAACAGAGAGGUGAAAAGGUGUCGAUAUCAACGUAUGGAAUUCCACAUCCUAAUUACCAAUGUAUCACGGUAUUACGGUGCUUGUACCAACGAGAUCACAACACGAAACUGUGGACCAAGCUACAAGCACUGGAGUCACAUACAGAGGAUAGGAAGGGCACUGACAAGUGGGAAAACGAUAGAAAGAUGAUAGCACAAUUUAUUUGGAACUUUUUCAAAUUGGAACAAUUAUUUAAUGAGGAAGAGAUUAUGAAAUGCUGUGGUAUUAUUCAGAUUAACGGCCACGAGGUGCCCCUUCUUGAGCCGGAAUACGUGGCUGUAUUUGACAAAAUUUCUAUGGUUGAGCACAAUUGUAAGGCCAAUUGUAACAAAAGCUUCACCUCUGAUGGUCAAAUCAUCCUUAGUGCUGGUGUCGCCAUUCCUCGAGGCUCCCAUAUAUCUGUCUGCUACACGGACCCGCUUUGGGGCACAGAAGCUCGACGUCAUCAUCUCUCCGAUUCAAAAUUUUUCGAGUGCUCCUGUGAGAGAUGCUCUGACGUCACCGAGUUUGGAACCAUGUUUAGUGCUGUGAAAUGUAAAAAGAAAAAUUGCAUAGGAUAUCUUUUACCAGACACAUUCAUUGUACCAAUUUUGCAUAAAACUACAUCACCGGAUCCCGCAACUAAAGGAUUGGAUAAUAAGUUUUGGAAAUGCAAAGAAUGUAAAGAUGAGGUUUCAGAUGAAAUUAUACAGCAGCUGCUUCAAGAUAUAGGAAGAGAAUUGAGCAUUAUGGAGAAAGGGAACCCAGAUGCAUGUGAGAGGUUCAUAGAGCACUGCGCAAGUUACUUACAUCCGUCCCACUACUACAUGAUAGAUGCAGGGCUUGCCCUGGCACAGCUGGUGGGUCAGGACACUGGUCUAGCAGCUGUCUCAGAUGAUCGACUGCUGCUCAAAACACAGCUGUGUCGGAAGAUCACCGAGCUGUUGAAUAUCUUAGCACCAGCUGAGAACAGAGUACGCGGUUCCCUCCUGUUUGAGUUACACGCGGCCGUGGCGGAGACCGGGAGGAGGAAAGGUCUUGAAGAAGGACCCAACGUGAUGCUGGGACACAUUAUGGAGUCGCAGAAAAUCCUGGUGGAGUCAUCAGCGUUAUUGGCACACGAACCACCAGAGUUACAUGAAGGUCGACUGGGAAGACAGGCGAAAAUAAACCUCGUACAGAUGGAUGAACUUAUUAGGAACUUAUCCGCAGCACUGCCCUCACCUUUAUAG